AUGACAGUGAAUUGGAAAUCGGCGACGAUUUGGAGGAAUGUAGUCGCUUUUUGGAUAUUCGGUCUUUGCAACAAUUAUGGUUACGUGAUUAUGCUGAGUGCCGCUGAUGAUAUCAUUCAUAAACAACAAGGAGACGAGGAUUCGAAAAAGAACACAACGUGCAUUGCAGAUCUCGGUACACGAGCGUGCGAUGGUCGACAAUCGACUGGCGGUGUUCUCUUGGCCGAUAUCUUGCCAUCGCUCAUCGUCAAGGCGCUUGUCCCGUUCAUGUUGAGUCGAAUCCCAUACGGCUUCCGCCACGUACUCGUUAUUGGACUCCAAACUGCCUCAUAUCUCGUGGUUGCUUACUCAAAAUCGUACACAAUUUCGUUAUUGGGAGUUGUGCUGGCUUCAAUGGGUUCUGGAAUUGGUGAGACAACAUAUCUCUCAUUGUCUUCACAUUUCCCGCGAACGAUCAUCUCAGCCUGGUCAUCCGGCACAGGAGGAGCUGGGGUUGUUGGUUCUUUCGCCUAUGCUGCCCUCACUGAGCCUCAUCUCGGGAAUCUCUCGCCGAAAAGUGCGCUACUAGUGAUGUUGGUAAUCCCUGUGAUCUUCGCAGUCGCUUAUUGGAUACUUCUCGAGUUCCCGUCAACCGUUUACAGUCCCGGAUAUAAUCCGUCAACGUGGCUGAUCCCAGAGGGAUACGAAGGAGAAGAUGACAUUGAGAAAGACGGAAGUCAGGAUAAUCUGAAGAAGUUGGAAACGGAGACAAGAGUGCCGCAAAGAGUCACGAAUUUCAAGGAGAAAAUGUUCUUAAUCAAGCCUCUUCUCAAGUUGAUGAUCCCGCUCUCUGUCGUCUACUUUGCUGAGUAUUUGAUUAAUCAAGGAUUGACUCAAUUGAUCUACUUCAAUUGCUCCGAGGGUUUCCGUCUCUCGAAAAGCAGUCAAUACAGAUGGUAUCAGGUAUUGUACCAAGUGGGUGUUUUCCUUUCUCGAUCCUCGGUGAACGUGGUGGAGCUGCCGUUGCUCGUUUUGUUCUUACUACCCGUUUUGCAGCUAGCCAACGCACUUUUCUUCUUUUUCGAGGCUCGAUACGCCUUCCUACCCCAUAUCUCUAUUGCUUUCGCUCUCAUUCUAAUCGAGGGUCUUUAUGGAGGCGCGAGCUAUGUAAACACGUUCAAUUGGAUUCAUAAAAAUAUCGAGCCCAAUGUGAAAGAAUAUUCCUUAUCGAUCGCCUCAAUGUCAGACGCUUUCGGCAUCGUUUUGUCAGCUUUCACGGCAAUUGGAUUGCACAACUACAUCUGUGAUCAACUCGGU